GCAUCUCAAAAUUUGAAUUACUGGCGGAAAGAUCACAGUUCCUCGAUUAGGGUUUCUCCCCAUCUCGCCCAAAUCGCCAUGAAUGGCGCUCCAGCUCGAGCAUUCCGAUGUAGAAGACCCCUUCACUGACUCCUCGAUCUUCUCUCUUCUCCCUCGUACUCUAGGGAUCAAGCCGGUGGAAUUGGCCGAUGCUUCGAAGACGCAUGAACCGGAUUCUUUCCAGUCUUUCAUCAAAUCCCUGAAAAUUAAAAGUUCGAAAGAGCUUCUGGAUCAGGCACAAGUGAUAAAGAAAACCAGCUCAAGCAUUUUGUCUUUGUAUUCAGAUGGCGAUAAGGCCACCGUUGAUAAUGGUAAGGGUCAACCCCAAGUUCGACGCCUGGCAUUGGGCCGGAAACGAGCUCAAUUUUCUUUGAAGUCCAAUUCAAGAGCUCCUUUGGCAAGUACUGAUGUCAACUCAAGCAUUGAUCAUAUAGAAGAUCCAGAAGAGUAUUUCUUGGCAUUUGAGAAACUUGAGAAUGCUGGUAAAGAGUUGAAGAAAUUAAGGGGUGAUGUUCCUAAUGAGUUGGCACAAAAUUUUUCUUCUCCAGCAACUCGUAAUCGUAGGCCUGGAAUUUUGGGGAAGACUGCUAGUUAUAAGCAUCAUUUUCCAUCUCAGAAUGAUGUUGUGCUGGCUCCUUCACAGGAUGAAAUUUCUGAUAGAACACUUUCUAGAUCACCCAGAAUCUCUGACAAUAUGGUCCUGGGUAAUGCUUUGCAGACUAGAAAAACUGAUGAACCUGGGCCUUUGGUUGACAGGGUGACAAUUAUUGAUUCUGUUGCUGAGAAGGAGAAAAAUGUUGACCAUAUUUUAGAUGAACUCCUUUCUUCAUUUAAAGAUGUAGAUGGGAAUGAAGAGGUUCCAUUUUUACGAGAAAAGCUGCAGAUCAAAUCAAUUGAUGUGGGAAAAAUUAGUCUGCCAGAAAUGGCUAGUUUUAAGAGAAAAGAUUCUGGAGUAGUGAAGAAUAUAUCAAGAAAAGCAGAAGGCUCUCUACAGGGAAUGUCUUCACCAAUCCUAUUAAGUAGUCCGCUUGCUGCAAUUUCAAUUUUGCAGAGGCGAAUUCCACUGAAAAGCCUUGUGAGAGAUCACUACUCCAUACAUCUGAGUGAUAACAUAGAAUAUGCUGGAGGCUCUUCUCUAAUUGGAGGGCAGGGACAGCCACAUUCUCCUGUUGGGAUUGAUUACUCUGACAUUAGUGGCUCAAUUUCUGAUAUUGCUUCUACGCCUGUUCGGCCCAGUGAUAAGAGGCAAAAAGCCAACGAGAAGCUGCCAGCUUUUAGUGGAGAAAUGAACGUUGGCAAGAAAACUGCAUCAGAAGAAUCACUUACGGGAAACAACCCUCUUGUACUUGAAAGAGACACUGCAAGUCCUCCUAAAGAAUUUGUUAUCGACAAUGAUAUUAUGCCUGUGGAACUCGAUAGCUGCUUGCAAGAGGAGGGGACUAAUGUGACCAUGGAUGCUGCAUUGCCUGGACAGCCGGAUGCCACACUGCCUGAACAGUCGGAUGCUGCGCUGCCUGAACAGUCGGAUGCUGCGCUGCUUGAACAGUCAGAGCGUGGACAUGAGGGUCCAACUUCUGAGCGCCACAGCAAGAAUGGAGCUGAUUGCUUGGCUGAACAUCCUGGUCCAAGUUUUGGGGAAAGUGCUGAUGCUAGUCCAUCAAGACAUGAUUAUGCUUCUCAAGAUGAGGUAAAUGAUGUGGCUGGAGUGGCUCCAGUAUCCAGUACUCCACAAGGUCCAGAAGAGAACUCGACUGGCGCUCAAGCAACAGUUCUUCCUACUGAUGAACGAUCAGAAGACUCCCGUGCCAUAUCUAAAGAGAAUAAUGAGGAACAAGAUCUUCGGGCAAAUUCUGAGACAUUGAACAGAGGAACAAAACGCAAAGCACAUUCACCCAAGCGAAAGAAACCAAAUCCUGCUUCAAAGAGAUAUAGUCUUGCAGGUGCUGGUACUACUUGGAAUGCUGGUGUAAGGCGCAGCACAAGGAUCAAGUCAAGACCUCUGGAGUACUGGUGUGGGGAGAGAUUCAUAUAUGGGCGGGUACAUGACAGUCUGGCAACAGUCAUUGGAGUGAAGUAUGCAUCCCCAAGCGACUCAAAGCUGAAGGUGAAGUCAUUUGUUGCCGAGGAAUACGCUGAUCUUGUUGCCAAAGCUGCUCUUUAUUAAUCUUGUUUGACCUUAUGUCUGACUCAGAGAAUUACAUUGAUCCUGUUGAUCAAGCGGUUAUUACACUAUUCUUGUUUCUUCUACUCUAACUGAGCACUGAUCAAUGCUGCAUUGACAGAACUUCAUCGUCAGAGUUCCAUUACUUCAUCGGCCUUCAUGUUUGUUUGAAAUUUACCUUGUGCUGUAAAGUGACUCCUUGGCUGCAUAACUUUGAUGCUUGCCUCCAAAUAAACUUCUUGGAGGAAGUUUUUAUCUACACUCUGAAUCAUCUUUCUGCAUCAUUGUUUUGCAACCCUCAAGAUAACAAACGAAGUUGAAUAUGUUUGUAAUUUUAUUUUCCCCUGAUUUUUAUGUAUUUGAGGUAAUAUCUUCAUCUGCUAUAUAUAUCCUUUAACCAGGAUUUAUUUGA